AUGGCUUCCUCCAAUAUUCUGAAGCUUUGUUUGCUCCUCUCAGCAAUCAACUUGUCAAGAACAUGGGCUCUCAACUCUUCUUCUUCUUCUUCUUCUUCUAUGAAAUAUUCCCAACAUUCGUCCUCCAUAAAAUCUGUAUGCAAAACCACACCAUACCCAGAUGUCUGUUUCGGCUCAUUGAAACUCUCCACCAAUAUCUCAGAUGAGACCAGUCCAAACAUCAACACCUACCUCCUUUACACCCUCCAAACCGCAAUAUCCGAGUCUAAACAGCUUUCCAAUCUGCUCUUGGAUGCCGCAAACUCAAAUAAUAUCAUCCAAAAACAAAAAGGAACCAUCCCGGACUGCAAGGAACUCCAACAAAUCACCAUGUCUUGUUUACAAAGAACAGUGUCCCUAGUCCCGCAGGAUGCACCCAUUAAUCAACGGAAACUUGCCGAUGCAAUAGCUUACCUUAGCGCAGCACUCACAAACAAGAACACAUGCUUGGAGGGUUUGGAUUCAGCUUCGGGUCCUUUGAAGCCAGCCCUACUGAGUUCCAUAAAUGAAACUUAUAUGUAUGUAAGUAUUGCUCUUUCCAUUUUGUCUAGCCAAAAAAGCCAUAAUAAAAGGCGCCUCAUGGACAUGGGUGUUCCAACGUGGAUUUCAAAGAAAUUAAAGAGUCGGACUCGGAUAUUGGAGAGUGAAUUUGACCCGAGUAAGGUGCUGACUGUGGCUGCUGAUGGAACUGGAAACUUCACCACCAUCACCGAUGCCAUCAACUUUGCUCCAAACAAUAGCAAUGAUAAAACACAUAUCUAUGUGAAACAAGGACUUUAUGAAGAAAAUGUGGAAAUCCCAUCUUACAAGACUCACAUUGUUCUAUUCGGAGAUGGAGCUGAUAUCACUACAAUUACUGGUAAAAGAAGCGUGGGGGACGGCUGGACAACUUUCAGAUCUGCAACUCUAGCGGUGUCUGGCGAUGGCUUUCUGGCACGAGACAUAUGUAUAGAGAAUAGGGCUGGAACAAAGAAACAUCAAGCAGUUGCCUUGAGAGUAAAUGCGGAUUUUGCAGCUUUGUACAAGUGUCAUAUUAAUGGUUACCAGGAUACAUUGUAUGUCCAUUCCUUUCGACAAUUCUACCGACAGUGUGACAUAUUGGGGACUAUAGAUUUCAUACUUGGGAAUGCAGCAGUGGUAUUUCAAGGAUGUAAUAUUUGGUCUAGAAUGCCAAUGCCUGGCCAAUUCACAGUUAUCACAGCACAGUCUCGUGACAGCCCAGAUGAGGACACUGGAAUUUCCAUCCAGAAUUGUUCAAUUUUUGCUACAAAUGAUUUGUACUCUAGUUCUAGCAAUGUGAAAAGCUACUUAGGAAGGCCAUGGAGGGCGUACUCUCGGACAGUCUAUCUAAAUUCUCACAUUGGUUACUUCAUUAACCCAGCUGGGUGGACACAGUGGUCCGAUUAUAAUGAUGAUCAAGAAUUAAAAACUUUGUACUACGGAGAGUAUGAAAAUAGUGGGCCCGGCUCAUCAACUGAUGAUAGAGUUCAAUGGAAAGGGUAUCACAUAAUGGAUGUUGAUGCUGCAUAUAAUUUCACAGUGUCAGAGUUCAUCAAUAGUGAUGAAUGGUUGGAUUCCACUGCAUUUCCUUACGAUCAUCAGGUUUAA